CAUUGUAUCGUCUGCUUCGGAGAUGGACAUUCUUCGAUCAUGAUCGAAACGCAAUAAGCGAAGAACAUGCGUGCAACGUCAUGGACGGUGGGUACUGUAAUGCCGCCGUAAUCCAUAACGGAUGGCAAGUUGCUCAAUGUGCACCGAAGACCAAUAUGUGGUGUUGACACGAUUAUGGGAUUCGUCGACUCAGGCGGGGGGUUUUCCCCCUCCCUCUGUCUCUUACUGGUCGUAUCUGGGGUGCUAUGGGGUGCUUGGGGUUUCCCUCUACAUCUUCUAGCCAUAGUACCACCGGAACUGACUCAUCAAGUAUCGCGGGCAUUGAGAAAGUCACUUAUUGAUAUUGAUAGAAUGCCUGGCAGAGAUGUAGCACUUUUAGCCAGUGUUUCGACACUUGGUAACAAUACUCGUGAUGUCAUCACUACUUUAUGCGACUCUCUUAAGCCGCAUAAUCCUAGUCUGCUGCUCACAUUUCUCGACCCUUCUCUCACUUUUUAUGUAUCGCUUAUCACUGGCUAUGCACGGUUACCACAUUUGGGUUUUAGAUCUGGUUAUUUGGACAGUGCUUCCAAGUACGUUCGAACUUUAUUUGUCUUCUCCCAUUAA